AUGGACCGUGAUAGAGUCUCUAGUUCCAUUAACUCUCCUCCAUAUUUUGAUGGGAAAGAUGACUCUCAAUGGAAAGUAAUGAUGAUUGCUUUCCUGCAAUCUCAAGAGGAUAAGUUAUGGAACAUUAUAGAGAAGGGUUGGAUAGAACCAACUAAAAAGGAAACUGAAACUUCUAGUCCUAUUCCUAAACCGAGAGGUGAGUGGACUGUUGCUGAGCAAUCUGAUCACAAAUGUGAUACUAAAGCUCGUUAUAGCCUUUUCGCUGCCUUGUCGGAUAAGGAAAGAAAAAGAAUUACAAAUUGUCCAACUGCUAAAGCUUCUUGGGAAUUACUUCAAACCACUCAUGAGGCUAACAAAAAGGUGAAGGCACAAAAACUUCAAAGCCUUGUGCUUGAAUUUGAAGAAAUGACUAUGAGAGAGGAUGAAUCUGUUGAUGACUUCCAUAGUCGCCUCAUCAAUGUUACAAAUCAAUGUCAUGGGUUGGGUGAUUCUAUUUUAGAGCAUAGAAUUGUGAAAAAGUUUCUUCGAGCUCUUCCUCCUAGUUUUGAGGCUAAGCAAAUUGCCAUUGAGGAAGCUCAAGAUCUUGAUACAUACUCAUUAGAUGAGCUUGUGGGAAAUUUGAAAACUUUUGAGUCAAAAAGGAAAAAGGGUCGGAAAGAAAAAACAAUUGCUCUAAGCACUUUGAAAAAAGAGGAAGACCCUUCUGAUUUUCAUCUAGAAGAAUUUGCUCUUCUUACAAAACAGUUCAAAAAAUUUCUUAAAUCCGGAAGGUCAUUCUCUUCUAACUCUAAAAAUUUUUCUGGUUCCACUUCUUCCAAAAGAAAUCAAAUCGAUGAUGCUUUUAAUGACAAAUACUCAAAGUCUUCCAAGCCCUUUCAAAAGAAGUUUUUCGGUGAUAAACCAAAAUGUUUUGAGUGUCAAGGAUAUGGUCAUCUUGCUGCUGAUUGUGCAAACAAAAAUUAUAAGUCUCAAUCAAAUAGAGCUUUUAAAACCUCUUGGAGUGAUAGUGAAUCUGAAACUCAGUCCGACCAUGAAGAGGAAAAUGUUGCUCUUAUUGCUACCACCCAAAAUGAGUCCUCAGAUGAAUCUGAUGAUGAUGAGCACUCUGAGGAGGUAGCCUCUAACAAGUUCCAGCAACUGUACAAAGCCUCAAAAAUAAUGAUUGGAAAGACUGAGGAAUUGAAGGAUCAACUUGCUGUUUGUGAAAAAGAAAAAUCUGGAAUCGCUGAGAAGUUGCAAUCCUGCAAGAAGAAGUGGGAAAUUGAAAGAAAUGCAUUGGUAAGUCAAGUGGAGACUCUGCAAGAGAACUUGAAUGCUCAAAUCAGGUUAGUCAAUUCUCUAACUUCUGAAAAAAACUCUCUUGAAAAAUCCUUACAUGAUUCUCAAGAAAAGUUUUCAAAAUUUUCAAUUGGAUCUGAUAAAGUUUCCAAAAUGAUUGGAAUGGGCAAAGUUGAUAGGGACAAAAAGGGUCUUGGUUUUCUUUCUAGAGAAAGCUCCUCUAAAAAACCAACUAUUUUUGUGAAAAAAUAUGACUCCAUUGCUACAUGUUUGGUUGCUUUUACUGCUCUUUCAUCUAGAAGAAGUGAUACUUGGUAUUUGGACAGUGGGUGUUCUAGGCACAUGACAAGUGAUAAAAACUGGUUCUCAUCCUUCUAUGAUGAGGUUAUCAGCGGUUCUGUCACUUUUGGUGACGGAAAGAAAGCAAAGGUUGUGGGAAAAGGGAUUGUAACUGCUCCUGGGUAA